AUGAAUCACAGCCAUUAUUACUCUAAGUUUAACUCCAGGUUGGUCUCACUAAGGCGAGAAGGUCAGGAUGUGCAGAAAGAGAGCGAUAACCACUGUCUCGCACAGUCGGUCGUGGAGCGUCGUCCAGGAAGGAUCGUCAGAGACUCACCCAUACCAGAAGACUCACAUAGUCUUCCUCGAAGGCGAGGAGGUAAAGCAGUUGUGGUGGUGAGGACUCAGCCCAAGAUGAAGUACCUGAAACCUCUGUUCUACGUCAUGCCAGUGUUGUUACCAGUACUUAUUAAAUGGAAAGUCCUGGCUGACGAGGAUUCAUGGAGAACGUAUCCACAUCCCAUUAGGAAUGUCAAUACACUCCAAACAUUUAUUAAAAAAAAACUGAACGAGAAGAAUGAUCAAUUUGUAAGGGACGAUGAAGAUUUCAGAGGCAUCAUUUAUAAUAAUAGAAGCCAAAAUGCGGUCACCAUGUUAGAUCCUGAUCCUUCAAGCAUCAAAAAUACAAUAAUUGUGACUAAUGAAGCAAACUCAGAUGAAGACGCCCAGAUUAAGGAAGACGAAUGCCUUGACGGAUGGGUCACCAGGCCAGAGAAACUUGGAGUUCGCGCUGGCCAAAUCUUGAAUCACCUGGGCGUUCCCUCCUUCGCCUUAGUCACCCAGUGUGAAGCAGGUUGGGUAUUGGUCACGACGCGGUUGCUGCUGCAGGAAGCAGGUGAAAAAGGCGUCAGCUCGUGUUUGUUCGACUCAGUGUCAUCGAUGAAGAAGGCUGUGAUGACCAGCCCAUACGACGCCCGAUGUUUCUCCCGCCGCCAGUGGACUGUGGUGCUCCUGGGUGGCCACACCUGGGCCUCGGACCUCAUCCACUCCACCAGUAACCUUCGCUUUUAUGACCAACGUGUACACUGGGUGGUGGUAGGCUCGGCUGGGGUCAUCACGUCUACGCUGGCCCAAUACCACCAUACACAGAGGGUCACGUGGCUGCGCUGGUCAUCUCGGGCACGAGACUGGGUGGUGCUAGUGAGCAAGGCCACCGCUCAGGGGUUGGUGGCCAGGGAGGCUGGGCGGUGGGUGGAGAGUGGACAACACACCCACUUUCGUGUCUCCCGACCUCUCACACCACCGUUCCCCACCAACUUCUUCCACUCUCCUCUCAGAGUUGUCAGCCGCCACCCCACUGACCAAAAGCUGACGCCCAACUCCGUGGGUCGGUGUUACUACGCUAAGGAGGACGGCAGGAACAUCACCAAGUGUACGGGUUAUGUAGGCGAGAUGCUCAUGCUGCUCACCCAAGACCUCAAUCUUACCAUAGUCAACAGUCUCGUUCAUAGCUGCGGUGUUUCCACUGCUAAUGGCACCAGGGUCACCGUUAUAAGCUAUGGCGAAGCAGAUAUCGCCCUGGGCACCUGCACCAUCACCACUGACAGACUCAAAGUGGUAGACUUCACUGAGUUCUUCGCUGCCAUCAGAUCCACCAUCGCCAGUGCUGAGCCCGCCCUGGUCCAGUCACCUUUCUUGAUAUUCAAUGUCCUCUCCAGCUUCACGUGGAUGGUGGUGGCGGUGUACGUGUUGGUGGUGACGGUGGUGGUUUGGGUCGUUGCCAGGAUCUUGGGUUCAGUGGAUCACCACUACGCCAGCUCAGUCACACAUGCCUUCGCUCUCAUCUUCAAGGCUAACCUCUUCCAAGCACACAGUCAUCAGCCUUGGAGUGUGAGCGUGCGAGCGGUGGUAGCUGUGAGCUGGGUGGGAGUCAUCACUGUGGCGGGAGUCUACUCCGGCAACCUCACAGCCUGGCUCUCUCUUCCCAGGUACGAAAAACCCGUGGACUCUCUUGCUGACCUGGUUACCCGGCCAGACCUCAUGCCAAUUGUUAGUCUGAACGAUCCAAACCACCAGAUGUUCCAAAAUCAAACUGAAGGUAGCCUGGGCGUGAUAAGGAAGCGCCUUGUGGUUUGGAACAACUCGUCAGGCACAGAGCGGAUGCGGGCGAUAAUUUACCAGAAACAUGUGGCAAUGAACAGCGACCGAUCUCACAUAUCCAGGGCGACAGCACUCAAUAAGGUCGAAGGCCGCUUAGGGUUUGCCCCCUGCAGGAUACACUUGGGUCGCCAGGACGUACGGCAGGACUUCUUAGGCCUCAUGAUCAACAAAAACAGCUGGUUCAAGGAACAGAUGAAUGAACGGAUACGGUGGCUAAGGUCUUACGGGAUAAUUCAGUAUCUAUACAAGCAGUUCAAUCAACCAGGGUGUCGGGUGAGGAAGACCGGAGAACAACGAGAAUUUUCGAACAGCCUUACACUGUGGCAGCUUGAGGGAGUGUACUGGGUAUGGCUGGUGGGUGCCGCGACAAGUACUUUCGCUCUGUUGAUGGAGCUUUUUCUGGCCAACUACGUUGAUAAGUGUGAUCACCACCAUUGAUGGUGGUCUGUGAUCACCACCAUUGAUGACAGUGGUGUCUGUGAUCACCACCACUGAUGAUGGUCAGUGAUCAUCACCAUUAAUGAUGGUGGUGUAUAUGAUCAUCACCAUUGAUGGUGGUCUGUGAUCACCACCAUUGAUGUUGAUCACCAUCGUUGAUGACUGUCUUCACCAGACGAAAUUUCUUGCUUCUAAAGAUCAAUGUCAGUAGUACUGAAAGUUCACGUGUAGUAAAAUUGCGCAAUAAAUUCAUCAUAAUGCAAUUCCUUUUUUAGCAACUGGUUUGUGUUUAUGUAAGCAUAUGUUAAUAAAUUAAAUAUAUUGCAUCAUAACCCUGCCCGACUGUAUGUUUACCCAGGAAUUUGCCCAUAUCUUUGAUAAUCUCUCUCUCCAUUGUUUCCCUUUCUCCUGUGUG